UUGAUUCAUGUUCUUCUACCCAUGACACACACCCCUUUUUCCUUGUUUUGCACCCUCCCCAUGCGAGAGAGAUAUUACAGAAACAUCCAAAAGCCAAAAGGCAUAGAGAACCGUGUUAUGUUAUUAAUAGAGAGAGAAUAUCAAAUAUCAAAUUCAAUUUCAAUUAGUCCUCCUAUGAGAAGAACAGAAUCAAUCAAUCCUUUAGCUACUGUCCCAAUCUUCACAACGUUAUCUCCUUGUAAUAACUUUGGAACCAACAACACUAACACAUGGAUUUGUUCUACACCCCCCCCCCCCCCCCCCCCCCCCCCUUAAUUAUUUCAUACUACUACUAAUGCACCAUUACUAGUACUAUACUACUACUACUUUAUUCUACAUUAGUAUUAUUCAACUCAUCUUUUUCUUGCUCUCAAUCAAUCAAUAUGGCUGCUUGUGCUUUGUUCAAUGGUGGUGGAAAUAGUGAUGAAACCAAUUUGAGCAACAACAACAAUAAUAGUACUGCUUCUAACUCCAGCAACAUAAGCAGUGAAGAUUUACACCACAACAUGUUACAAACACAACCUCAUCAUUCUGAAAGAAAAUUACUCAGAAAAAGAAUGGCUUCUGAAAUGGAACUUCAACUUCACAACAACAACAAUUCUUCUUCUGAUAAUUAUCAUAGAUUUCCUCGUCGCAACAACAACAACAACAUAUCCUCAUUGAAUUGCUCUUUACCCUCAGCCACACAAAAAGGUGUCACUACAACAACAACAACAACAACAACAACAUUAUUAGCCGCAGGUACAAACAAUAGUACUAGUACUAAUAAUAAUAACUAUCAUUAUCAUAACAAUAAUAUUAAUAAUAAUAAUAAUAGUAAUGUUGCUUUGUCACGAGAUAACGUUUGUAUUCAAAAUUACCCAACUGUAUCCGUCACAACCAACUACUCCACUAUGUUGCUACCUUCUUCUUCUUCCAACAAUCUCAACAAUUCCUCAAACUCUGCUUCAAACUACACCCAUUUUCAACAACCACUUGUAGAAGAACAAAACAACCCUCUUCCUUCAAUCUGUGGAUUCUCUGGUUUACCACUUUUUCCAUCUCAAAAUCAAACCAACAAUAACAACAGAAACAAUGGUAGUAGUAACAUAAUAACUUGUGCAGCUGCUAAUAUUGUUGAUGUUGUUUCACCUUCUAUGAUGGAAGAAACCUCGGCUACAACAAAUUGGAUUGAUGGUAUUCUAAAAGAUCUUAUUCAUACUUCUAACAGUGUUUCCAUUUCUCAACUCAUCAAUAAUGUUAGAGAGAUUAUAUAUCCUUGUAAUCCAAAUCUUGCUCUUGUUCUUGAACAUAGACUUCGUCUUCUCACUGAAACUAUACCACAAAAUUGUUCAUCAUCUGUUGUUACAGAGAGAAAAAGAAACAACACAGAACAACAACAACAACAAAGUGUUGUUAAUGUUAAUGUUUUAGCAGCUCCUAAUGUUAAUUCCUCAGUGAAACUUAUGAAUCGUGUUGAUGACAUUGUUCAAACAAGUUUACAUUUUUCUGAUUCAUCACAUGUUUUGAAUCAAAAUCAAAACAUUUUUCCUAAUUGGGUUGUGCCUCAAAAUCAAAUCAAUAGCAACAACAAUAACAACCCUUCAGUUUCAUCGGUUAAUUUACCUUCACAACAAGAUCAACAACAUCAAGAACAUCAUCAAGAAGAUCUUGCACCUGCAAGAACAACAGAAACUACUUCUGCUGAGUUGGCACUAACAAGAAAGAAGAAAGAGGAGAUUAAAGAACAGAAGAAGAAAGAUGAAGAAGGUUUACACCUUCUAACACUACUUCUCCAAUGUGCAGAAGCUGUAUCAGCAGAGAAUCUAGAACAAGCAAACAAGAUGUUACUCGAGAUUUCGCAGCUCUCGACGCCUUUCGGUACAUCAGCACAAAGAGUAGCAGCUUAUUUCUCAGAAGCAAUUUCAGCAAGACUAGUGAGUUCAUGUUUAGGAAUCUACACAACACUUCCACCACACAUUACACCACAUAAUCAAAAAGUUGCUUCAGCUUUUCAAGUAUUCAAUGGAAUUAGCCCAUUUGUGAAAUUCUCUCAUUUCACUGCUAAUCAAGCUAUACAAGAAGCAUUUGAAAGAGAAGAAAGAGUUCACAUAAUAGAUCUUGAUAUAAUGCAAGGUUUACAAUGGCCUGGUUUGUUUCAUAUUCUUGCUUCGAGACCCGGUGGACCGCCUUAUGUGAGACUCACUGGUUUAGGUACUUCCAUGGAAACACUUGAAGCUACUGGUAAACGUUUGUCUGAUUUUGCAUCUAAACUUGGUCUUCCUUUUGAGUUCUUUCCUGUUGCUGAGAAAGUUGGAAACAUUGAUCCUGAUAAGCUUAAUGUUAGUAAAUCAGAAGCUGUUGCUGUUCAUUGGUUGCAACAUUCUUUAUAUGAUGUUACUGGAUCAGAUACAAACACUUUGUGGCUCUUGCAAAGGUUGGCACCUAAAGUGGUAACAGUAGUGGAACAAGACUUAAGCAAUGCAGGUUCAUUUUUAGGAAGGUUUGUGGAAGCAAUACAUUACUACUCAGCACUAUUUGAUUCUCUUGGUUCAAGCUAUGGUGAAGAGAGUGAAGAGAGACAUGUCGUGGAGCAACAGCUAUUAUCACGGGAGAUUCGUAAUGUACUUGCAGUUGGAGGACCAUCAAGGAGUGGUGAAAUAAAGUUUCAUAAUUGGAGAGAAAAACUUCAACAGUGUGGUUUUAGAGGUAUCUCUUUGGCUGGUAAUGCUGCUACUCAAGCUAGUCUUCUUCUUGGCAUGUUCCCUUCUGAAGGGUAUACUUUAGUUGAGGAUAAUGGUAUCCUAAAACUUGGUUGGAAAGAUCUUUGUUUACUUACUGCUUCUGCUUGGAGACCUCCUUUUCAUACCAAUAAUGUCAUUCCACAUCAUAACUAAUGGAUCUCGAGUUCCUAAGCAAGAAUGAAUCUCGGCCAUUGAUUUGAGAUCAGACGACUCAUAUUACAUUCACUAAAUCAAUUUUAAAUGAUCUCGACCAUUAGAUUACUUUGUAACUAUGUGACGGAGUUAUGCAAGGAAUCUGUUUCCAUUACUAAUUUCUGCUUAAUUAGGAAUGAAAAUGGAUUCCCUGCUGGCCGUCGUAGUAAGGUUCUCCAUCUUUGAUGAAGAUCGGACGGUUGAGAUUAAUUUACGAAAGUUUUAAUGCGAGUCGUCUAAUUUGUAUCUGAUGACUUUUGAUGGCCUUUUGAUAUUUCAUCUUUUUUAUCCCAUGUAGCAUCACUGUGUUCCUUUGAUGUAAUUUAAGAGACAUUAUUAGGUGUUUAGAAAACAUGUGAUAUUUUGUUGCUGCCAAAUGUGUUCCGCUUCAGUGAUGACAUAAAAAAGUAGUGGUUAAUAAUAGAAGAGAUGAAUGAGAAAAUGGCUGAAGAGGAGGUACACAUUUAAUAUAUGACGAUGAUAGUAUUUUGUUUUAUUGAGAGUACUUACAGGGAUGUUACUGUUAUACCAGUAUUUUCUUA